AUAGUUUUAGCGUAAGAUACCGUAAGAUACGGUUUUCCAAAUCUCGAACUCCGAGUUCUUAUUUUGUCAACAUUUUUCUGUUUCGAUGCUAAGUUCUAAGUUCUAAGUUCUCUUAUACGUUACCUCAUUAAUUUAUACAAAACCCCAAUUCUACUUCCCUUUUUAGUACCCCAUCAUUCCCUCUAAAUCCAGCUGUGGCCGUGCCUCGGAGUUCUUUAUGCGUGCGUAUACAGAGCGCGAAAACCUCUCUUAUUCUAGUUCGCGUUGUUUAGUUCAAAUUGGUAGUUACGAAGAAAAUUUGUGUUCUUUCGAAAUGGGUUUUAGUCUUGUAAUUUAAUUUAAAAACCCAUCAACAAAUUUCUGGUUAUUCUUUUUUUUCUCUGGACACUGGAAAGGCAUACAAGUCCUUAUUGAGAAGCAGAGCUUUUAGGGAGAAAUUCCAGUCUUGAGUUCUUUUCUUUACUCGUAGCUCCGAGGAAGGGAUGUUUGUUUCCAAAAAUGGGUUUCUGUUUCUUUGUUUCUUUAAUCAUACAUGAACAGACCCAACACCGAAUGCACUGUAAUUCGUGACAAUGUUGAUGACAGUCAAGUGAUUGUAUUGGCAAGGCAAGCUCGUCAUGGGGAAUUUCCUUGGGGGUUUGGUUUUGCCUCUGCUUCUUUUAAUAGCUGCUUUAGCCAAUUGGAGUUUGAUCUCUUUGGUUGAUUUGGUAGCUUUUCUUGGCAUUCAAUUUACUACUACAAAAAUAGGAUUUGGUUUCCAGAGGCGUUAUCUUGUAUCAUGGUAUAUUCUUAUCUACUCACUGUUUGCUAUACUGUCCCAAGCAAUAUUUUAUAUUAUUUGGGCUAUUGAGGGGGAUAAAUGGAGUAUAGCAGAUGCUUGGUGGGCCAAGUUGCUUGGAUAUGUUAGUGUCCAGAACUCAAGAUUUUCAUCUAUAAUUAACUUCUUGGUCAUACAACUAUUAGUGGCUUUUGUUGCUACGGUUGAAAUCUAUGGAAAUAGAUUUGGUCUGGUUCCAUGGCGAGAUUCUUGUUGGGGAAGUUUUUCAUCAUGUGUUGAAAGUUUAGGUUCUCAUCUUAGAGUUGCAUGUUGCUUAUUUUUGCCUGUUAUUCAGCUGGUAGUGGGAAUUAGUCGUCCCUCUUGGGCUUCCCUACCAUUCUUUAUUUGUAGUUGUGUUGGCCUUGUUGAUUGGUCUCUAACAAGCAACUUUCUUGGCCUUUUUAGGUGGUGGAGGCCUCUUCUAUUGUAUGCAGGUUUCAACAUUGUCUUGCUUUAUGUAUAUCAGCUUCCUGUUGGGUUCCCCAAUAUGUUCCGAAUGGUGGCAGACCUCAUUGGGCUUUACAAAAUAACUUCAACCUUGGAGUGGCCAGAAAUCUGUUCUUGUCUUUCUCUCCUUAUUUUUUACUUCAUGUUAUCCUGUGUCAAAGGCGAUCUGGAGGAAAUGGAUUUUAUCUUGUCCAUGCAAGAAAGAAACUUGACAGAGCAACUUCUUCCCUCAAGGCAUUCAUUUUUCAUUCGUGAAUCCAGGUCUGGCGUGAGACACACCAAUGUUUUAUUGCAGAGAGCAGUUUUCCGGACAUUCAGUAUCAACUUUUUCACCUACGGUUUCCCGGUUUCCCUAUUUGCUCUUUCAUUUUGGAGUUUCAAUUUUGCAAGUGUAUGUGCAUUUGGAUUACUUGCCUAUGUUGGCUACAUUCUAUAUGCCUUCCCUUCCUUGUUCCACCUGCACCGGUUAAAUGGUUUGCUUCUUGUUUUCAUUCUGUUGUGGGCUGCUAGCACAUAUAUCUUCAAUGUGGCGUUCACACUCCUGAACAAGAAACUGCGGAAAGACAUGAAGAUUUGGGAAACCAUUGGCUUGUGGCAUUACCCCAUUCCUGGAUUCUUUCUACUAGCACAGUUUUGUCUUGGAAUUCUUGUUGCCUUGGGUAAUCUUGUAAAUAACUCUGUUUUUCUGUACUUGUCUGAUGAAUAUGGGCUAUCCUCAAGUGAUGAUUCUACUGUUGAAGAGAAAGAAGAGACGAAAGUACUAAUUGUGGCUACAAUAGCAUGGGGGCUACGUAAAAGCUCCCGUGGUAUCACACUAGCACUGAUAUUUCUUCUUGCCAUGAAACCUGGGUUCAUCCAUGCUAUAUAUAUGUUUUUCUUUUUGACAUAUUUGUUAAGUCACACUGUGAGCCGAAAGAUACGCCAAUCCCUGAUUCUUCUAUGUGAAGCACAUUUUGCAUUGCUGUACAUCCUUCAACUUAAUCUGGUCCAUGAGGCUUUGGUGCAAAAAGGCUCUUUGACCAUGGAAAUUCUGUCACAGUUAGGUCUCCUUGAACAUGCUAGUUCCUUGGAUUUCCUGGAAAUUGCUAUGCUUGUAUGCUUGUGUGCAGUUCAUAAUCAUGGCUUUGAAAUGCUCUUUUCAUUCUCGGCCAUUGUGCAGCAUACUCCCUCCCCUCCACUCGGGUUUAGCAUUUUGAAAGCUGGUUUGAACAAAUCAGUUCUGCUAUCAGUUUAUGCCUCUCCAACUGCCAGAGAUAGUCAGUCUAACAUCUCUUCCCAUGAGAGAAGAAUAGCAACAUAUCUCACUGCAAUGGGACAGAAGUUUCUUUCUGCAUAUCGCUCAUUUGGAACGUACAUUUCUUUCCUGACUAUUCUACUCACUGUGUACCUGGUUACUCCUAAUUAUAUAUCAUUUGGGUAUCUUUUCUUCCUUCUGGUCUGGAUUAUAGGAAGACAGCUUGCGGAGAAGACAAAAAGGCGCUUAUGGUUUCCUUUGAAAGUUUAUGCAGUUACUGUCUUUAUUUUCAUUUAUAGCUUGAACAUUUUCUCAACUUUCAAGACAUGGUUGUCCAGGAUGAUAAAUUUGUAUCCUGACUUGGGAUACAACCCAGAAGCCUCAUUGUUGGAAAAUGUUUGGGAAUCGCUAGCUGUUUUGAUUGUGAUGCAACUUUUUAGCUAUGAAAGGAGACAGAACAAGUUUAAUACAUCAGAUGAUCCAGACCCAUCAGAAUUUGGAGCGCUUGGCUUUAUCAGACGGGCUCUGAUUUGGCACAGUGAUAAGAUCUUAUAUUUAGCAGUAUUUUAUGCAUCCUUAUCUCCAAUUAGUGCUUUUGGACUUUUGUAUCUUGUUGGCCUCAUCGUCUGUUUACUUUUGCCUAAAGCUUCUCGGGCCCCAUCCAAAAUAUUCUUAGUUUAUACAGGAUUUCUGGUGACAAGUGAAUAUCUGUUUCAAAUGUGGGGUAAACAAGCAGAGAUGUUUCCUGGUCAACGGCAUUCUACUUUGUCCCUCUUUCUGGGUUUCCAGUUAUUUAAACCUGGAUUUUGGGGUCUAGAAUUGGGCUUGAGGGGGGAAGUUCUUGUGAUAGUAGCAUGUACUCUUCAGUACAAUGUCUUCCAUUGGUUGGAAACAAUGCCUCGUAUUCUUGUUAAUGCAGGAAAAUGGGAAGAGUCUUGCCCAUUGUUUAUUUCAAGAGAAGACAUCUUAGCUGGUGUUUCCAUUUGUGCUGAAGAACCUAAACCAUUAACAGAUUCAAGCCUAUUGUCUGCUAUGUAUCAAGGAACUGAUCCUGUUUCUUCCGAAAUGGGUACACAGAAUAAUAGCACCAGUAGAUAUUCAUUUGGGUAUUUCUGGGGAAGUUCUAAAGAGAGUCAUAAGUGGAAUAAGAAGCGAAUUAUUGCCUUAAGGAAGGAAAGAUUUGACAUGCAGAAGGCUACCUUGAAGAUAUAUUUGAAGUUUUGGAUAGAGAAUAUAUUCAAACUCCUGGGCCUUCAUAUUAACAUGAUUGCAUUACUUCUUGCAAGCUUUGCCAUAUUAAAUGCAAUCUCAAUGUUAUAUAUUGCAUCACUUGCUGCCUGUAUUCUUUUGGAUCAGCGUGUUAUACGCAAAUUGUGGCCUAUUUUUGUAUUCUUAUUUGCAUCUGUUCUCACUGUUGAGUACUUGGCCAUCUGGAACAAUUUGAUCCCCUGGAUUCAUCAUGUGCCCAGUGAGACAAAAGUGCAAUGUCAUGAUUGUUGGAGAAGCUCAAAUGUUUAUUUCAGUUAUUGCAAAAACUGUUGGCUGGGAAUUAUAGUUGACGAUCCCAGAAUGCUUAUCAGCUACUUUUUGGUUUUGAUGUUUGCAUGCUUUAAACUCCGCGCUGAUCAUCUGUCUGGUUUCUCUAGAUCACGUACAUACAGCCAAAUGAUGUCUCAACGUAAAAAUGCAGUGGUUUGGAGAGAUCUCUCUUUUGAAACUAAAAGCCUGUGGACAUUCCUUGACUACCUGAGGGUUUACUGUUAUUGUCAUUUGUUGGAUCUUGUGCUUGCUUUAAUUCUAAUUACCGGAACCCUUGAGUAUGACAUACUACAUCUGGGCUAUCUUGGUUUUGCUUUGGUUUUCUUCCGAAUGAGACUUGAAAUACUAAAGAAGAAGAACAGAAUUUUCAAGUUUUUGCGCAUGUAUAAUUUUGCUCUUAUUGUUCUUUCCCUAGCCUAUCAAUCUCCUUUCUUGGGGGAUUUUAAUGCAGAAAAGUGUGAUACCAUAGAUUAUGUCUAUGAGGUGAUUGGAUUUUAUAAAUAUGAUUAUGGGUUUCGGAUUACAUCGAGAUCUGCAUUGGUUGAGAUCAUCAUAUUUACGCUGGUAUCACUGCAAUCCUAUAUGUUUUCUUCCCAGGAAUUUCAUUAUGUGUCAAGAUAUCUUGAGGCAGAGCAAAUUGGUGCCAUUGUGCGUGAACAAGAAAGAAAAGCUGCAUGGAAGACUGCGCAGUUGCAGCAUAUUCGUAAAUGUGAGGAGCAGAAACGCCAGCGUAACUUGCAGGUGGAGAAGAUGAAAUCUGAGAUGCUCAACCUACAAAUCCAGCUUUACAGCAUGAACUCUACUGCAAAUUGUGGUAAUGCUUCUCCUGAAAGUGAGGGCCUAAGACGGAGACGAACUUCUUCACUAAAUUUAAGAGAGACCAAGACCAGGACCAUGGAUAAAGAGGAAAACAUUCUGAGGAAACAUGACCUGGUUAACAGCACAGAGUCAGUGUUCCCUUUUGAAAUGCAUAAUUCUCCUACAAGUAUAAAAAGUGGAAUUCAAUCACCAUUGCCGUCCCCUAUGCAUUCAACAGAUUCUCUUUUUCAUGAGAUCACUGAACUUGAAGAAAAGGAUGCUCACAGUACAUUUGUGGAUUCGAGCAGAAGUGAGAAUGAAAAGGUCCGAUCAAAGGAAAAUCCAUUAAUUUCAGCAGUUCAGAUGAUAGGUGAUGGUGUUUCUCAAGUACAAUCUCUUGGAAAUCAAGCAGUUACCAACCUUGUAAGCUUCUUGAACAUAGCACAUGAAGAAUCAGAUUCCAAUGACUAUGCCUCUGCGGAGGAUGGCAUGUAUGAUGAGAUAGAGAGUCAGACUAUUAGAUAUGAGCGGUUGGAUAGGGCACUUUCUCUUCAAUCAGAGAGUGAAAGGACCAUGUCUGAUGCUGCAAGCCUGCAAAUUGGAAGGAUCUUUUGUUACAUAUGGUUGAAGAUGCGAUCCAAUAAUGACAUUGUGUGUUACUGUUGCUUUGUUCUUGUAUUCCUUUGGAACUUCAGUUUACUUUCUAUGGUCUAUCUUGUGGCUCUCUUCUUAUAUGCUCUCUGUGUAAAUACUGGCCCAAGCUACAUUUUCUGGGUCAUUAUGCUGAUUUACACAGAAGUCUAUAUUUUACUUCAGUAUCUGUAUCAGAUUAUCAUCCAACACUGUGGGUUGAGCAUCAAUUGGAGCCUACUGCAAGAAUUAGGGUUUCCUUCACAUAAAAUUAUGUCAUCCUUUGUUAUCAGCACAUUGCCUCUAUUUUUGGUAUAUCUGUUUACCCUACUACAGAGUUCUAUAACAGUAAAAGAUAGUGAAUGGGCAACUUUUACAGAAUUCAGUUCUUUCAAGGGGAGAACGUUUAAUCCAGAGAAGGUUCUUUUGAAUUCUUAUUGGAAGAAGGCACAGUGGCUGGUCCGAUCAGUUACAAAUUCCAUGAAAAUGACAAUUAGGGGCUUCUCUAGGUACUGGAAAUCACUGACACAAGGAGCAGAAUCUCCUCCCUAUUUUGUGCAGCUCUCAAUGGAAGUUAACUUGUGGCCAGAGGAUGGAAUUCAGCCAGAGAGGAUUGAGUCACGGAUAAACAAGUUGCUGAAGUAUGUUCAUGAUGAGAGAUGCAAGGAAAAAAAUCCUAGUUCUUGCCCUUGUGCAAGUAGAGUUCGAGUUCAAAGCAUUGAGAGGAGUCAAGAAAAUCCAAAUGUGGCACUUGCUGUCUUUGAGGUGGUAUAUGCGUCCCCUUUGAUGGAGUGCCCCCCAACUGAAUGGUACAGGUCACUAACUCCAGCUGCUGAUGUAGCAAAGGAGAUUCUCAAAGCACAACAUGCAGGGUUUGUUGAUGAGAUAGGAUUCCCAUAUCCUAUACUCUCUGUAAUUGGGGGAGGUAAAAGAGAAAUUGAUUUAUAUGCCUACAUAUUUGGUGCUGAUUUGGCUGUUUUCUUUUUGGUUUCCAUUUUCUAUCAAUCGGUCAUAAAAAACAACAGUCAAUUUCUUGAGGUGUAUCAGCUUGAAGAUCAAUUCCCAAAGGAGUUUGUAUUUAUCUUAAUGAUAAUCUUUUUCUUGAUCGUGCUUGAUCGCAUUAUUUACCUCUGUUCAUUUGCCACUGGAAAAGUUAUAUUUUAUCUUUCCAACCUUGUCCUCUUUACAUACUCUGUGACAGAGUAUGCUUGGCAUAUGGAGCCUUCACACCGACAUGCCGGAGGAUUAGCGCUUCGUGCAAUCUACCUCACAAAGACGAUUUCCCUAGCACUGCAGGCUAUCCAAAUCCGAUAUGGCAUUCCCAAUAAAAGCACAUUGUAUCGUCAGUUUUUGACAAGUAAAAUUUCACAGGUUAAUUAUUUGGGAUUUCGUCUCUACCGUGCCUUACCAUUCCUAUAUGAACUGCGAUGUGUGCUUGAUUGGUCAUGCACAACCACAUCUUUGACAAUGUAUGACUGGCUGAAGUUGGAGGACAUUCAUGCAAGCUUGUAUCUCGUUAAGUGUGAUGCUGAUUUGAACAGAGCCAAACAUCAACAAGGACAGAAGCAGACAAAAAUGACGAAAUUCUGCAAUGGGUUAUGCCUAUUCUUCAUACUAAUCUGUGUUAUUUGGGCCCCAAUGCUGAUGUAUAGCAGUGGUAACCCAACAAACAUUGCAAAUCCUAUUAAGGAUGCUAGUGUUCAGAUUGAUGUUAAGACAGCUGGUGGAAGACUGACAUUAUACCAUACCACUCUGUGUGAAAGGCUUCCAUGGGAUCAGUUGGAUGUUGAUGUUAAUCUGGACCCUCAUGGUUUUCUAGAUACAUAUAAUAAGAAUGAUAUCCAAUUAAUAUGCUGCCAAUCUGAUGCUAGCACCUUGUGGCUUGUUCCCCCUGUGGUUCAGGCUAGAUUCAUUCAAUCUCUCAACAAGAACAUGAAAAUUAUUUUUUCUUGGGUAUUUACGAGGGAUAGGCCAAAAGGGAAGGAAGUUGUCAAAUAUGAUCCACCUAUUCAGAAGCAGGAUCUUCCAGAGCCAUCAGAAGUGAAGGCAGUGCUCAAUGGUACUGCCAACAGUUUUAGGAUAUACAAUAUUUACCCAAGAUACUUCCGGGUUACUGGUUCUGGUGAUGUACGCCUUCUUGAGCAGGAGGUUAAUCUUGUCAGUGGGGACCUUACAAUAAAUCAUGGAAGUCCUGACUGGUGGUCUUUCUAUGAUGUCAAUGCAUCAGAUGUGGGUGGCUGUGGAGGAUUGACAGGACCUGUGGCCAUCAUUGUAUCUGAAGAAACACCACAGGGUAUUCUUGGUGAAACUCUUAGCAAGUUCAGCAUCUGGGGUCUCUAUAUUACCUUUGUAUUGGCAGUUGGUCGGUUUAUCAGACUCCAAUGCUCGGACCUUCGAAUGAGAAUACCCUAUGAGAACCUUCCAUCUUGUGACAGAUUGAUAGCAAUCUGUGAGGAUAUCUAUGCUGCAAGAGCAGAGGGUGAGCUUGAAGUUGAAGAAGUCUUGUAUUGGACUCUGGUGAAGAUUUACAGAUCGCCACAUGUGCUUCUUGAGUACACUAAACCCGACUAGAUGAAUGCAUUUUGUUCUCACGUCAGCAAUUGCCACAUGGUGCUUGAGCUAUCGAUUGUGAUUAAUACUAACCCACUUACAUUCUGAAAGCAUAUUGUUGUUCUGACAGUAGCCCUAUGGUUUUCUAGCUUACAGUUUUCAUUGAUACCAAGGCAGGAUGAGAAAAUGUUUCUGAAAGUGCAGAAUUCAUGGAGAGAUUUUCUAGGCUGAUUUGGUUGUUGUGAUGGAUCUUUACCUUUCUGGUCUAGUUUGGGGCUUCCUCAACUCUUCGAAGUUAAAGAAUAGUGAGGAUUACAGAUGAAAGUGACCACAAAUGCAAGUCCAUCUAUAGUUUGCAGUAGGGUCUUCCUGCUCGGGCUAGGUUGCCUGUUCAGCAGCUGAUUGUCAUGUACAUAUUUUGACAUUUGAUUAGGUUGUUGGCCCCUAGCUUCUGCCAAGGAUAGGCCCAAAUAUUUAUAAUCUCUUACAAGCUAAUUUAUAAUGAGAUGCAUAAUUUAUUUCUCACAUCA